AUGGAGUACGACACCUUCUCAGCACCGCAGUACAGCACCAACGACGCGACGUCGUUUGCCCACACUUCGGCGCGCUCGCGAUGGCCCAUCAUCAUCACCCAAGGCAUUGACGACGUGCACCGCUCUCUGCACGACACCAAAGACGAGACGGCCAUCACAGAAGGCAAACAGGUUGUCGCAGAACUCGCCAAGCUGAAGUACGAGCUGCAGCACGACCGCGAGCUCACUCCAAUUCCCGAUGAUGGCGAGCGCGACAUCGAGUCAUACAACAAGGAACUGGCAGCAAGAGGCAACCCCAAGUGGCACAACGUGUCUUGGCUGUAUGCAGAGUGCUAUCUGUACAGACGCAUCGCAAGCAUCUUUAAGCAGACCACCAAAUGGCGCUCGUAUGACAUCUUCGCUCGCCAGAAGAUGGAAACCUUCAAAUCCUCUCGCCCCGCCGUCAUCGAACUCGCCGCACGCUACAAAGACAUUGUCACCGAGCUCGAACAGAAGAAGACAAUCAAGGGUGCAGAGUCGCAAGAGCAGCUCGAGGCUGCAGAGAAGGUCCUGUUCACCGAGAUGUGCGAGAUCUGUCUCUGGGGCAAUGCGACGGAUCUGUCCUUGUUGACAAACCUGUCAUACGAAGACAUCCAGAAGUUGCAGGGCUCUGAGGCGCGCAAGAACUCCGAGAAGAACAUUCUGGUCAACGACCUAGACAAGGCGUUCGAGGUUCUCACGCGGGCUCAGAAGGAGGGCAAGAAGGAACGUCGCGUUGACAUUGUGCUUGACAAUGCUGGCUUCGAGCUCUUCGUUGACCUGAUUCUCGCUGGAUAUCUCAUCGCAUCCGGUCUGGCGACAAACGUUGUGUUCCACCCCAAGAACAUUCCAUGGUUCGUUUCAGACGUUCUGCCAGCCGAUUUCGGUGCACUCCUCAUGGCACUAGCCGACCCACAGAGCUUCUACAGCGCGCUAUCGGAAGACGAGAAGCACGCUGGCAAGCAGUCCGUACCGCUGUCUGAGACAGAGAGCGCGAAUCUACAAUUUCUCUUCCAGCAUUGGAGUGGUCUCCACGCAGAAGGCCAAUUGAUGAUGCGACCAAACGACUUCUGGACUGCGGGCGGCAGCUACUGGCGACUUCCCAAGAGCGAGCCGGACUUGUACGAGGAUCUCAAGGAAAGUGAGCUCGUCAUCUUCAAGGGCGAUCUCAACUAUCGCAAGCUAACCGCUGAUGCUGCUUGGUCUCCUACCACACCAUUCACCGAAGCCAUUGGACCAAUGGGCCCUGGCUCAGGUCUACGAGUCCUCGCGCUCCGCACGUGCAAAGCCGACGUCGUCGUCGGAUUAAAGGACGGAGAAGACGAGCGCAUAAAAGCAUCAGAGGGGGGCGGCGGAGACAGUGGGGCGAGAAACUGGGCUUGGAGUGGCAAGUGGGCUGUUGUCCAAUUUUCGGACGGAAAGGCCUAG